AUGAUCAAGCAGCUGUUCCGGCACGAGAGGCCUACGAAUAUCGCGAUCGCGCCGCUUAUGGGGGAUGACUGGGAUGCGCACAGCGGUGCCUGCCUGCAGACGCUAGAGGGACAUAACUGCGAGGUCGGAUCAGUGGUGUUCUCUCACGACAGCAGCCGCGUUGCGUCCGGGUGUUGGGGCAACACGAUCAAGAUCUGGGAUGCGCAGACCGGCGCCUGCCUGCAGACGCUGAAGGACCAUUAUCACUGGGUUAAUUCAGUGGUGUUCUCCCACGACAGCAGCCGCGUUGCGUCCGGUUCGCGCGACAGGACGAUCAAGAUCUGGGAUGCGCACACCGGCGCCUGCCUGCAGACGCUGGAGGGCCAUGAUAACAGCGUCACUUCAGUGGUGUUCUCCCACGAUAGCAGCCGCAUCGCGUCCGGGUCGUACGACAGGACGAUCAAGAUCUGGGAUGCGCACACCGGCGCCUGCCUGCAGACGCUGGAGGGCCAUGAUAACAGCGUCAAAUCAGUGGUGUUCUCCCACGACAGCAGCCGCGUCGCGUCCGGGUCGGGCGACAGGACGAUCAAGAUCUGGGAUGCGCACACCGGCGCCUGCCUGCAGACGCUGGAGGGCCAUGAUAACAGCGUCAAAUCAGUGGUGUUCUCUCAUGACAGCAGCCGCGUCGCGUCCGGGUCGGGCGACUGGACGAUUAAAAUCUGGGAUGCGCAGACCGGCGCCUGCCUGCAGACGCUGGAGGGUCAUUAUGGACCAGUCAAGUCAGUGGUGUUCUCCCACGACAGCAGCCGCGUCGCGUCCGGGUCGAGAGACAAGAAGAUCAAGAUCUGGGAUGCGCACACCGGCGCCUGCCUGCAGACGCUGGAAGACCAUGAUUGGGAAGUCAACUCUGUAGUGUUCUCCCACGACAGCAGCCGCGUCGCGUCCGGGUCGGAGGAUGAGACGAUCAAGAUCUGGGAUGCGCACACCGGCGUCUGCCUGCAGACGCUGGAGGUCCAUGAUUGGGAGGUCAAUUCAGUGGUGUUCUCUCAUGACAGCAGCCGCGUCGCGUCCGGGUCGGGCGACUGGACGCUUAAGAUCUGGGAUGCGCAGACCGGCGCCUGCCUGCAGACGCUGGAGGGCCAUGAUAACAGCGUCAAUUCAGUGGUGUUCUCCCACGAUAGCAGCCGCAUCGCGUCCGGGUCGUACGACAGGACGAUCAAGAUCUGGGAUGCGCAGACCGGCGCCUGCCUGCAGACGCUGGAGGGCCAUGAUAACAGCGUCACUUCAGUGGUGUUCUCCCACGAUAGCAGCCGCAUCGCGUCCGGGUCGUACGACAGGACGAUCAAGAUCUGGGAUGCGCACACCGGCGCCUGCCUGCAGACGCUGGAGGGCCAUGAUAACAGCGUCAAUUCAGUGGUGUUCUCCCACGAUAGCAGGCGCGUCGCGUCCGGGUCGAGAGACAAGAAGAUCAAGAUCUGGGAUGCGCAGACUGGCGCUUGUAUGCACACGCUGGAGGGCCAUAAUAACGACGUCACCUCAGUGGUGUUCUCCCACGACAGCAGCCGCGUCGCGUCUGGGUCUUGGGACGAGACGAUCAAGAUCUGGGAUGCGCACACCGGCGCCUGCCUGCAGAUCCUCAGCGGUGCCUCUGCUGUGAGCAAUCUUUCUUUCGACGCCACCGGCUCAUCUCUUCACACUACCGUCGGAAUUGUCGCCCUUCGCGACUCGCCGACACCUACCCGUACCUUUUCGACAGAGGUUCUCCCUUUAGAAACCCAAUCACUUCCGGCCACUCACCAGUCGCAAGCCCCUGAGUACCAAGGCUACGGUAUCUGUUCUCAUCGGUCCUGGAUCACACGGCAUUCCCAAAACUGGCUAUGGCUGCCUCCUACAUAUCGCCCAGCCUGCUCGGCUGUAGGACGGUCUGGACUAGCCGUGGUACUUGGUUGCCUGUCUGGUCGUGUCUUGAUCUUCGGAUUCGCGCCGGGGGAUGCUGACUGA